CGUUGCGAAAGAUGCUUCGGAUGCUAUAAAACCCCACUGACUCGUUUUUCAAAACCCAUCAAUCUGUAGCCAACUCUGUACAAGUGAAGUGAUCCGCAACGGUUUCAUUCGGUUUGCGUUUUUGUUCGAAUACACUAGGUCAUAUUUAUUUUAGUGCCAGUGGUUUGAAAAUGGCCGAGAAGCAUACCAACAAGGCCGCUGAGUGCGAGAGCAACAUUGGUGGUGAGGGAACAGUAGAGGCCAAGGACCGAGGGUUGUUCGAUUUCUUGGGGAAGAAAGAGGAGGAGAAGCCUCAAGAGGAGGUGAUUGCCACUCAGUUUGAGUCGAAGAUUAAGAUAGAAGAGACAAAGGUAGAGGAGGAGCGCAAGGAAGAGGGAGAGGAGAAAAAGCACACUAUCCUGGAGAAGCUUCGCCGUUCGGAUAGCAGCUCCAGCUCUUCUAGCGAUGAGGAAGAAGGUGAAACAAAAGAGAAGAAGAAGAAAAAGGAGAAGAAGGGACUGAAGGACAAGAUCGAGGAGAAGUUAGGAGGAGAAAAGAAAGAGGAGGAGAUUAAGCACGAGGACACUACAGUCCCAGUGGAAAAGUGCGAUGAACCAGUAAUCUACUCAGAGGCGCCAGAAAAGAAAGGUUUCCUUGAGAAGAUCAAAGAGAAAUUCCCUGGACAACACAAAAAAGUUGAAGAGGUUUCCCUACCUCCACCACCUGCUGACUGCGUUGCCUCUGAACACCAUGAAGGUGAGACAAAGGAAAAUAAGGGAAUUUUGGAGAAAAUCAAGGAGAAGCUUCCUGGUUACCAUUCCAAAACAGAGGAAGAGAAAUAUAAAGGAAAGGAGAGUGCUUCCCAUUAAGAACCAUUAUGUUUUCAAAUAAAAAUGCACUGAUGGGUUGCGCGUGGUUUAUUAAUUUGUUGAAAUUGUCUGUUCCUUUUUUCUUGCUUUAAUUAUAAGUUUGGCAAUAUAUAUAUAUAUAUAUAU